AUGGAACCACCAAGCGCCGACCCGGCCGCCAUUGUCCUCCGCCCCAUCAUCCAGGACCUAGUCCGGACGCGCUUCGCAGUCCCAGGAUCCGUCUUCCUCGUCGAAGGCGUGCAAGCCGCGCCUCUCACGCAGUCCGGUCGCUGGCAGGUCAUCCGUCUGCUACUAGGCGACGGCGAGCUCUGCAUCCAGGCCGUGCUGGGCGACGCAAUGCACCGCUUCGUGCACACGCGCGAGGUCGUGGUCGGCAGCUACGUCUGCGUGCAGGACUUCCAGCUGCGCCUGAGGAACAUUGACUCCGAGGCCGACCAGGUGCAGCAGAUGGUGUACCUGGUCGUCCACGAUUUGAAAACGCUCGGGUGCCACGAGGGCGUGCGCCAGAUGCACCACGCCGCCCACGAGGUGCGCGACGACGGAUCCGACGAGGCGUCGCGCGAGCGAGAGCCAUCGCCAUCGCUGGCGCCGGCGUUUACACGCGCAGGCUCGGCAUGCUCGGCCCCCGGCUCGCCUGGUUCGCCUGCCCAGCCGAGGCGGCCGCCCUCGGGGGGGCCCAGCCUGGGGGUGAGAGGCGGCGGCGGCCCCGAGGCGGUCGUCGACGUCGACGUCGACGUCGAGGAUGCCCUGGACGAGUUCGAGGCGCUCGCGUUCCCCGUCAGCAGGACGCAGCAGAGGGCGCCGGGCCAACGUGCUCACGGCAAGCCGCGGUUGCCUGUCGCGCUGCCGCGGGACUGGCACGACGUCCAGACGCCCCUGAAGCUCACUACGCUGCGGUCGGUGCCGAACUUGCCGUAUCGCCAGAACUGGUCGUGCAACGUCCUGGCCAUCGUGGCGUCCCUGUCUGGCGUCGAGUCGUCCCAUCUGCCGCCGUACAGGCAACGCACGGCGCGGCUGACGGACCCCUCGACGGCGAAGCAGGUUCAUCUGGCUGUGUUUCUGGACCCUGACGAAUUCACCCCCAAGGUCGGGAGCGCCGUGCUAUUGACCGGCGUCAAGAACCACAGGUUUGAUGGAGGCAGUUUGAAGAAAUAUGCCAGUGACAGGGGCACGCGCGCCUGGUGGUUUGAAGAUCCGUACGAGCUCGCCUGGUGUGAUAUUCGCGGCAUCAAGGAUUGGUGGGCCGAGAUGGAGGCUUAUUUCGCCAGUCAAUUGUCCGAGGAAGUCAUCGGUGGUGAUGCUUGA